CUCUCUCUCUCUCUCUCUCUCUCUCUCUCUCGGAGCGAGAGAGCAGGUCGUACUAGCGGAAUGCGCUGGAGAGACUGAAUCUGUGCGCCUGAUAAACUGACUGAAGGACUGAGACUCGGAGCUGCUGAGAUGCUGAAAUGGCUUCCAGAGAGAUUAACGCUUCAGGUUUCGUCACCGUGUCCAGAGAGCUCACAGACAGCGUCAGGAAAUUCAUUGAUAAAUCCUCAAUCAAGUUUGUUCGUGGCAUCAAGCUUGAAACCAAAAAUGGCAAAUCAGAGGACAGGAUACUGGUACUCACGACAUGGAGGCUCUAUCUUAUGGCAGCAAAAGUCCCAACCAAGGUGGAGGCAACCUUUAAUUUCCUGGAGAUCCGAGCCACGAACACACACCCAGAGAUGCAAGUUGUCAUAGAAACCGACAAGUCAACGUAUUCCCUCAGGCUGCAGACACGUGACCACCUGGACCAUGUGAUCAACCACAUCAACUUCGCUCUCUCUCGAAUAUUCAACAACUCUGUGUUUGCUCCUUCUCUCUGUCACUCAGACAGUGAUUUGUCAGAUGGAAGCAGGAAGUACUCUCCCAGCUCAGACACUUCAGUGGAGACACAGAGAGCCUGUGGUGGCUUCUCAGAAACAUAUGCUGCUCUCUGUGAUUACAACGGCAUCAGCUGCAAAGAAGAGGUGCAGUGGGAUGUAGAUACUAUCUAUCAUUCUCAAGACAACCGUGAGUUCAAUCUGCUGGACUUCAGUCACUUGGAGAGCAGAGAUCUUGCAGUCAUCGUUGCAUCCAUGGCCUACAACACCUGGUUCACCAAGCUCUACUGCAAAGACCUGCGCAUCGGAUCAGAGGUCACUGAGCAGGUCUUGCACACGCUCAGUAAGUCCUCCAGUCUGGAAGAGAUCACAUUGGAGAACGUUGGACUCAAAUCUGACUUUCCUCAGAAGCUGUCAGUUGCGCUCUCAGAGAAUCCAGCUUCAGUGAUCCACUCUCUCAAUCUGGCACAUAACACACUGGACAACCAAGGUGUGUGUAAUCUGAUCCAGCAGGUGUGUCGUCUCAGUAAAGGACUUCGUCUCCUCAACCUGUCCAAAACAUCCCUCUCCUCCAAAGGCGUGGUGUCUCUCUCCCAGGCACUUUGCUCCAAUGACGAUUACUCAAACUCACUCCUGCAUUUGGACCUUAGCAAGAACCCCGGGAUACUUUCAGGAGAGGAUGCCACGCAUCUGCACAUGUUCCUGUCCCAGCCCAACUGUCUGGUGCAUUUAGACCUGUCAGCCACGGACUGCUGCGUGGACUCUCUGUUCGGGGCUCUUCUCAGGGGCUGCGGUGCUGAUCUCUCUUACCUCAACCUCUCCAAAAACUCCUUUUCUCACAGAAAAGUGAAGGAGACUCUGCCUUUGUUCCGUCAGUUCUUCAGCUCCGCAUUCAGUCUCACACACGUCAGUCUGGCCUCCAUGAAGCUGCCCCCAGAAGCCCUCAGGAAUCUGUUCUUAGGUCUGACCAGCAACCCCCACAUCAAUGACUUGCAUCUCGACAUCAGUGGCUGUGAGCUGAGGUCAGCAGGAGCAGCUGUGAUACAGGAACUGUUUCCUAGAGUGAUGUCUAUCGCUACACUGGAUAUCUCAGACAAUGGGUUUGAUGCGGACCUGCUGAUUGUGCUGCCUGCUCUGUCCAGACAUCCCUCUCUCAGACACCUCCACCUGGGUAAGAACUUCAACAUCAAGAGCAGGGUGCUGGAUGAGAUUUUGCAGAAGCUGGUUCAGCUUAUACAGGAGGAAGAGUGUGUGCUUCAGUCUCUGUCUCUGGUGGACUCUCGGCUGCGCUCUCGAGGCACAGUGUUGGUGAAUGCUCUGGGCAGCAACACGUGUCUCAGGAAGGUGGACCUUAGUGGGAACAGUCUGGAGGACAUUGGGGCCAAAAUGCUCAGCAAAGCCUUGCAGAUCAACACCACACUGAGGAGUGUGACCUGGGACCGGAAUAGCACCACAGCUACUGGACUCAUGGAUGUGGCACGAGCUCUAGAACAUAAUUUCACUUUGCAGUACAUGCCUAUUCCCCUAAGUGAUGUCACACAGGCAUAUCGGAUUGCUCCUGAAAAGACAGAGCAAGCUCUUACGAAGAUUCAGAGAGCUUUGCUGAGGAAUAAUCAGACUCAGCGCUUCUCACAGAGACAAGCUCUCCGGCUACACCAGGGCUUGGUGACCAGCACUGCCGAACAGGUGAUGGAGCGCUUGUGUGUGCGAGUGCAGCAGCAGGUGUGUGUUCUGCGCGGUGUGGCGGAGGUGGAAGAGCUUCAGGCAGCAAAACAGGUCCUUAAGGAGGCUCGCAACUCCCGUGCGCUCUACCCGUCUCUCUGCGAGUUGGCACAUGUACUCUCUGUGGAUGGACCGGUCAGACAGAGGCUAGACUCUCUGGCUGGGGAAUUGGCCAAGGCUGCAGAUAAAGAACUGCAGGUGAUCGUGGACUCCAUGGUGUCUCUGUGUCGGGAGCUGUGUCCCCUCUCCUCCACAGCAGCAGAGCGACUGAGUCCACCUCUCUCUUCUGUCUCAGAAAGAGUGUCAAUCCCCCGCUCUGCUAUCCGCACGGCGCUGAUGGAGAGAGCAGCUCAAGACAUCCACCGAGCACUGGAGGAGGUUAAGCUGUCUGUGGUGUCGUAUCUCACCAACUCAAUCGUGGAUCAGAUCUUACAGGAGCUCUACUCUACACACAAAGCUCUGACUCGGCAGGUGUCUCAGGUGAAGCAGUGGGAUGGUAUAUGUGAUGGUGGGACAGGCCGAAGGCUGCACAGGCACAGAGACUCACUCGAGAUCACUGACGAGGAACUAGGCACCAGCAUUGACACUAUUGCCAUUAAGAAGCGCAGCUCCAGGACUAGACGUAUCCGACCUGUAUCCACUAGACUGAGUUUGUGUGAUGACUCCAGUUCGUCUCCCCCCAACUCUAGCGCUCUGCUCUCUUCACCCCUCUCCCGCUCGGCAUCGUGGGAAGGCUUGUCGGCCUUGCCUACCCAGGGUGCACCGCUACAUCAUGUGACUCGGGUCAGGCCAAGGCCGCCGCGACGGCACAGAGGAGCACUCGUGUCAUCGGACUCGCACUGUACUGAAAAUGGAGCUGUCACUCCACUAGACGAUGGACUGCCUGAUUUUUACAGCAAGAGAGUUCUCCCUGAAAGUCAGUUAUCCACCCUUCACAAGGCUCACUCCCUCAGGCGAAAGAAGAGACGCAACAUGCUGGCCAUCUUUGGUUUCCGAAGGAACCGGAAUUCCACUCUGUCCAAUCAAGAGUCAGAUUCACUGGGCGUGACCUGUAGUGAGGAUUGUCGGACUGUUGCCACGGCUCCCACAGGGAAUGCCCUUGAGAAUGUUUACACUCUUCUUCAGCCCCCCAGGCUGCCUUGCAGCAGCAGCUGCCCGGCUGAGGUGGCCGAUGGGACGGUGGAGGAGAAGAGAAUUGAGGAGCCCAGAGCAGGGGUGAUGGAGAUUCGCUCCGUUCAGGGCAUGCCACUCACCACCUUCAGGGGGAACAAGCACCCCUUCUACACCGGCAGAACGAAAUCAGAGGCGGAGCCUGAGCAUGACCCACCCUCAGGAGCGGACAGACACUCUGAGAGAGAGCCAGACAGGCAGACCGUGCGGCCGGCGGACAGGCAGACGAGCAGGGAGUCAGAUAGGCAAAGGCAGCCAGAUAGAGAUGGGGACCGUCAGACCUUCAGGCAGACAGACAGACAGUGUGAGAAUGAGGCGGACAAACACACGCUGAGACACAUAGACAGAGAACUGAACAGACAGUCGUCAAGACAGAUGGACAAAAUCUCGGAAAGCGAAGCAGAGAGGCAGACCCUGAGGAAGAUAGAGAGAGAGCUGGACAGGCAGAUGUCCCGGCCAUCUGAGAGAGAGCUAGACAGGCACGCUUUGAGACAGAUAGACAGAGAGCUGGACAGACAGACACUGUGGAAGGCAGACAGGCACAUAGAGCGGGAGUUAGACAGACACACUCUGAGACAGAUUGACAGACAGGCCGAGGCUCAGCAGAGACAGGCCAGCAAACAGUGGUCAGAGUCUCGACACCUAGACAGCCAAUGGGGUGACUACAGGCAAACCAACAGGGGGCUGGAGAGGAAGUGGGCAGAGCCCAAGCAGUCAGACACGCAGUGGACGGAUCUGCGGCAGGUGGACAGGCAGUGUGAGAGGCAGUGGGCGGAGAAGCAGGCAGGCAGACAGACGCAAGGCCAGCGGUCACCCACGGACAGGCCGCUGCCGCCCUAUCCAGCCGGGGACAGGACGCCAUCCCCAAACACGCAGGCCGAGAGGCAGAUCUGUGCAGAUGCAGACAGACGAUUGCACUGUGACGUCAUCACAGACUUCGAAAGAGAUCAGCCAGCUGAGAGGCAUCCAUCCACAGACGCUCACAAUGACCAUCAGCAGCGGGUUGAGUCAUCUUGGCAGUCAGAAGAGAGGUGUAGGGGAACAGGGGUUCUGGUUGGACGUCCUGUACCAUGCCCAUCUAAACCAAACCCCCCUCCGCAGAGCAGUAAACCCUGCCUGGCCAAACUGAGACAAAGACCCCUGCAGGAGAGCUCUGGUACAGAAGAUGAAGUUGGAGGAGAGAGAGAUGGGAGCAGAGUGGAAAAGAAAGACAGAGAUGGAGGGACAGAGAGAGCAAGAGAAACAGAGGGACAACCCCCUCCAAUCCCAGCAAAGCCAAAGACUGCCUCAUACGUGCUGUCCCCCACUGAAUCAGAGAGGAAGAUUCUGCCCCUUGUGCCGCCGGCCUCCACAAAGCCUCCAUUGGGAUUGGCUGAGCGGUCACAUACACAAGGUGAGGAGAGUGUGAGGCCUCAGGCUCCAGUCAAACCACAGCGUAACAGGAAGGCUCUGUCCUGUGACACAGGCACAGACAGGGACAGUCCCAAUAACCUGGAGAAGCCCCCAAACCCCCGCAACCCCCCUGUGAAAAAACCUAGACUCCCCCAAAACAGAAACCAAUCCUUGGACCACCCUGACAUUGGGCUGCUGCCUGGUAACAGUGAGCCCUUGUGACAACUGUGCACACCUCACCUGCCAGAGGCUGACCAGAGGGUUGCCAUGACAACGACGACAGAACAUACUUAGAAACGUGAGAAAAAGAAAUCCACCAGUGAAGGGGAUAGGCGAGGGUGAAGCUGCGCGAGUGACAGUAAAAAAUGACAAAAAUAAAGAGGUAUGAAGAAACGAGGCUGCAGGGGCUGAUAAUAUCAUAGCAUUUAUGAAAUCGGUUGCACUUAGAUUGGCGAACGUGAAUGUGGUCCCACACACGUUCUCGUUCCAUGCGCAUCCCUCUCGGUCUCACGAUGAUGUCAUGAAUAAAACUGUUGCCAAUAGUUACUGACAGAUUAUUGAUCAUUUUCAAUAAUUAUAUGUUGACUCUAUUAUAAAGUACUCAUCACUCACUUUCUUGCUAUUGCUAUGGGGCCAAGCACCAAAAUAAUGAAGUAUUAUUAUUAUUAUUAUUAUUUAAGCCUUUCUAUAGUUUGUUUUUUUUACCAUUAUGCGUUCAGUUCAAAUGAGAAAUAUAUUUGUAUUUGUUUAUCAAAAAACCAUUAGAUAUUGCAUUGUUUGCUCUCACAGAUAAAUGUACAACUGCUUUCUGAAUCCUUUGCUAUGUUUGAGACUUGAAAUUUAGUUGUUGAUAUUUCUAUCUGUCUUUGCUUUCAUGAGCUGAUGUGUAUUAUAUUUUGUAGAAAAAAAGACAAGGAUAUUAUAUAUAUGAAUUAAAGAAUAUGUUCAGAAAGGUAUGAGAGUGUCAGUAGAAAUUCUUAUUGAUGGCAAAACAUGUUUGUUUAAAGGCCAGUUUAAAAAAAAUUACAUCUUAAAAAAUAUAAAAUAAAAGUCUCAAUCCCACAGCUGUGCUUGUAACUGUUUUAUGUCAGGUUUCCCUUGAAAAAGAUUUAUAUGAGCUCAUCAUGAUGGAUGAAUAAAGAAAUAGUGCCUGAUUUUCAAAGUGGUUUUGUUUAAAUCAGAUUUGUUUUAAAUUUGCUCUAUUGCAUUAUCGUUUUUAUAAUCCUUGUCACGUUUAUCUUCUGCAUAAGCCUAAAACAAACCCACCACAGUAUGUGAAAUGCAAAUAAAAACAGAAAAGA